UCCCUUUCUGUUUCUGCUCUCUCUUCCCGCUCUUUAAUCACCAUGCUGUCCGUCAUGUUAUUCCGCAGCAGACCUGCCAGUGUAUUCAAUUCCAAGAUUUUUUUUUCCAAGUGCCACUCGCUUAUAUUCGUCGUCUCCUUCAACUCCUCGGAACCCCCAUGUCUCGGACAGUGCACUCUUUGCCUCCUUAAUCGCCGCACACGAACGAGAAGUCCAAAAUCGCGACAGGGAACUACAUCAUAUGCAAACCUAUCAUGAAGAGUUGAGCCGACGAGACAAUGAAACAAUAUGCGGUCUCCAAUAUGACUUGAGGAAGGCGCAGGCACGGGUAGCCAAGCUGGAGAAGGCUCUGGGGAAGGCUGACGCGAAGCUUCAGAACACCAUCAAUGACAAGGACGAACAGAUCGCAAAAUUACGCGAACAAGUCUCAAAGUCACGCGAACAAGUCUCAAAGUUACGUGAACAAGUUACCAAUAGGUCAUUGUUAGAGCUAAUAGCACUCCUUCAUAAAGGCCAGGCUAAGAAGUUGACGAAAUCAAAACCCUUACCAGGUGGUGUCCAGCCCGUAAUCGAUGAAAUCAUCAAGGGUGUCUUGGACAACCAAACGCGCAGAUGGGCAACGUCCCGACAGGCCGCCAUAUCACGCAUAAGCCCAAAUCUCGACCCCCAAAAGGUUGAUGCUGCCGGCCAGCGACUAUACUAUGUUCACUCGCGCCAUUUUCAUGGAAAAGAAACAGACGUAUACAUCUUGCGGGAGGAUGUGAACUCGAUUUCCGAGGUUGCCGCUAUCUUCGCACUUGUGCAUUUCUCUGGCGCCCAAGCUCGGGAUAUCAAACUCCAAUAUAUAAACCAUGACGAUGCGUUGGGUGCAAAAUGGCCGUAAUCUUACUCUAAUACAUAAUGUUGAAGCCACUGGCAUACCCGUAGUCGUACAAUCAUAGCACCGUUGUAAUAGUGUUGUCGUAGUCUGAAUAGCAUCGUGCCGUAUAAUUUACGCU